CACUCACCCAGCCCCACGCUUCCAGAGCUGAAUCCAGCCCCACGUCAACCGGCCUUGGUGAUGAUAACAGCGGCCCAUCCCGUGAUAACCAGGCUGCGGUACACUUUAAAGGUUGCUGUUUCCUUGACGUGCUUUUCUUGUUUCCUCCAUCCUAUCCUAAGUCUGGUGGAACCUAUCGCUGUGUUCACAUCCUCACGGGAAUGUUCAAAGUUCUUCUUCUUCUUCUUCGUGUGAGAGGAGGGUGUGUGCAGAAGAAGAGUGAGAGAGUUUCACAAACGCAACACCAAAAGUGUGACGAAGGGGAAGCUGCUGGAUGAGUUUCCGCACGAGGUGUCUCCAAACAACGUCCCUGCCAUGGCAACGACGCAGGUUUGGGUCCUGUUCGUGCUUCUUUCUGUGAGUUUAGCCGAAGAGGUUAAGUUAAAUUACAAACCAGCCACAAAACCUGUGCGACUUUUUACUGAGGAGGAGCUCCAGAGAUACGACGGCAGUGAGGAAGGCCAGCCCAUUUACAUGGCAAUAAAAGGUGUUGUGUUUGAUGUCUCCAAAGGAAAAGAGUUUUAUGGUAAAGAUGCUUCAUAUAACGCUCUAGUUGGGAAGGACUCCACCCGAGCCGUGGCCAAGAUGUCCCUGAACCCAGCAGACCUGACAUCAGACACUGCAGGACUCACGGAGGAGCAGCUCCAGGCUUUGGACAGCGUGUUUGAAGGAACGUACAAAGCCAAGUAUCCCAUCGUGGGUUACACCGCAGCACGUCUUCUCAACGCGGACGGAAGCCCCAACAAAGACUUCAGACCAGAAGACCAGCCUCGUUUUCAAACCAGAGAUGAAUUUUAAUGUCAUCUUAGGUUUUUGAUUUUUUCCUCUGGUCAAAAAGUGUUCUGAUCUAAAAGUUUUUAUGAUUAUGUAAGAUUUGUUCCCAAUUUUCUUACUUGAUGCGAUCCCUGAGGGUUAUUUGUCUUCUCUGUUUUGACAAAUUUCUUGGGUCGUUUGUUUUUGCCCUGGUUGUUGCCUUAAAGACAGAUUUUAUUAGUGCUGCAGAAAUCUACCAAUAUUCUUAGAAAAUGUUCAUUUAAAAAAUGUGAAAUAAACAGACUACUUCCUGACUGUC